AUGCAAUUGAACAGCAAGGGAAUUACUGGAAGUACGGUGAGGGACUGCAUGGCAGGAGGACCUACAUGGAAAAGCUACAUGGAAAAGGUGAAGGUUGUCACUGAAGCUAGGGACUUUGUUCCUGCUCUGGCUGGCCUUGACAGCGCAGUUAUCCUCCUGCCUCAGCAUUCUGAGCUGGGCUUCCAGGCCUUUGUUACAGCGCUGGAAGCAUUUCCCUUCUGGUAUUUACAUCUUCAAAUAACCAGUCUUGGCGAUGGGAAACAGACUCCUAAAAUCCUUGAUUCCAUAGGCCUGCGCAGAAAUGCAGGGAGAGAAGAGCAGUUGCUGAAUUUGUUGCCUCUCACGCAUCCUGUGCUUAACCACACUUGUAGUGCUGACACUUCGGAGCAGACCAGGAAUCCCGAAGAGCCUUUCAACACGGCCGGGGGUUACUGUGCAAACAUAGCCAAGUCCAAGAACCACACCACACACAACCAGUCCCGCAAAUGGCACAGAAACGGCAUCAAGAAACCCCGGUCACAGCAAUACGAAUCUCUUAAGGGGGUGGACCCCAAAUUCUUGAGGAACAUGCGCUUUGCCAAGAAGCACAACAAGAAAGGCCUGAAGAAGAUGCAAUCAAACAACGCAAAGGCAAUGAGUACGCGAGCAGAGGCCAUCAAGGCCCUUGUGAAGCCUGCAGCUGUUAAACCCAAGAUGCCAAAGGCCCCCAGCGGCAAACUCAGCCGCCUGGCUUUCAUUGCUCACCCCAAGCUUGGGAAGCAGAUUCGAAGCUACAUGGCUAAAGGUCGCAGGCUCUGCAAAUCAAAGCCCAAGGUUCAAACCAAGGCAGAGGCCCCAGCUCCAGCAAAGGGCAAGGCUCCAGCUCCAGCUCAGGCUCCCAAAGGUGCCCAGGCCCCUGUGAAGGCCCUGUAG